AUGAGUUUGUCAAAGUUCGCCAGAUCCACCCUGCAGAUAAACAAAGCAUGCGGGGUAGUCGAAGCACAGACGAAGAACAAAGCAGCGGAGGCCACAUGUAGAGGACUGCGAAAGAUUAGCAGCGGUAAUAAUGUGCACAACAAAUGGUACGCCCAACUAAUCGCCAGGGAACUGAGCAAGCGUGGAGGAUUGGUGAAAAAGCAUUUUAGCACCGCAGGAGAAAGUUACGAAUUUAAAGCAGAAACGAAGAAGCUCCUACAAAUAGUUGCCCACUCACUCUAUACGGAUAAAGAAGUAUUCAUUAGGGAGCUUAUUAGUAACUCAUCCGAUGCGUUGGAAAAAAGGAGAUUUACUCAAACAGCGUCUAUCAAAAGUGUAGAUGAUACGACAGCAAAUGAAACAGCUGAGAUUCCCCUACACAUUAAAGUGUCAGCGGAUGCAAAGAAAAAUUUAUUCAUAAUUGAGGACAGCGGAAUUGGUAUGAACAAAGAGGAGGUGAUUGAGAAUUUAGGAACGAUAGCGAAGAGUGGGUCUCUAAACUUUUUAAAUGCGUUAAAGGAGAGAAGCAGUAAGGCAAUUGAGGAAAGUGAAAAGGGUGAUAUUUCCAAACCUGGAGAUAACAUUAUAGGUCAGUUUGGUGUAGGCUUUUACAGUUCCUUUGUCGUUUCGGAUGAAGUAGAAGUGUUUACGAGAUCACAUGAUGAGAAUUCUGUUGGUUAUCACUGGAGAUCUGAUGGAAAUGGAACUUUCACAUUGAAGGAAAUGGAAGACCUUCCUAGAGGUACCAAAAUUGUUUGUCACCUUAAGGACAGCUGUAAAGAAUUUUCCAAUAUCCAUAGGGUUCAAGAAAUUGUAGAGAAAUUUUCUUCCUUCAUUAAUUUCCCAGUUUAUAUCGUCAAUCGAAAGAAGGAUAUAAAAGGGAGCAGUCGGUUGGUGAAGGGGGAUGACGUGGAGAAUGAGGAGAACUCUCUUUCACAGGAGGGACAACACAAGGAUGUAGAAAAAGAGAAAGCCAUGGAUGGGACAACAGCGGAAGUGGAGCUGGAUACCACCGCCGCUGCGGAUACGGUUAAAGGGGACAUUGAAAGCUUGACAGACGAAGUACAGAUAAACAACCAGAAACCGUUGUGGUGUAAAGACCACGUGACGGAGGAAGAACACCAGAAAUUUUUCAAAUUUUUAACAAAGAAAAAAAGCUACGAUGAUGACAAAGGAUAUGUAUACAAGGUGUUGUACAAAACGGACGCGCCAAUGUCUAUAAAGAGCGUGUUUUACAUCCCAGAGGAAGCUCCAUCGAGGUUAUUCCAACAGAGCAACGAAAUUGAAGUCUCCCUUUACUGCAAAAAGGUGUUGGUGAAAAAGAGAGCAGAAAAUAUAAUUCCAAAAUGGCUACACUUCGUCAAAGGAGUAAUCGACUGUGAGGAUAUGCCACUCAACAUCAGCCGAGAAAACAUGCAAGACAGCACUUUGAUAAGUAAAAUAUCGAGAGUAGUAGUAACAAAAAUUUUGAAGACUCUAGAGAAAGAAGCCACAAAUGAUGAGGAAAAGUAUCGAAAAUUUUACACCAACUAUAGUUACUACUUGAAGGAGGGAGUGCUGGAGGACUCCUCAAACAAUUUUUAUAAAAAUACAUUGAUGAACCUCUUGCGCUUUUAUUCUAUCCAACAAAGGAAAAAUAUUUCACUUAAGGAUUACGUAUCCAAUUUUAAAAAUUCACAGAAAAAAAUAUACUACUUUUGCGUGAACGAGUUAGAUGUAGCUUUGUCCUCUCCCUACAUGGAACCUUUCAAAAAACAGGGAGUGGAUGUGCUUCUUCUGUUUGAAGAAAUCGAUGAAUUUGUUCUCAUGAAUCUGCAGGAGUUUAAUGGGGCCAAGUUUGUUUCCAUCGAUUCUUCCCAGAAUGAGGACUUCGAUGAGGAGCUGCUGAAUUCUAACAGGGGGGACGGUGCUAAGGGUGGAGACAAGGAUGAAGCUUCUAACCAGGCACAGAAAAAUUGGAUCUUUAAUGAUAGCCAAAAGAGUGAGCUAGCCAAAUAUUUCAAAGACGUAUUGGGUUCUAAAUGCUCAGAUGUAAAAUUCUCUGACCGUUUAACAGAAUCUCCUGCAGUGGUCACUGGAUUUUUAUCCCCCACGCUGAGGAAGGUUAUGAAGGCCACCAUGAAGAAUUCCUCAUUCCAGGACAAUAGCAUGCUGCAUAAUUUACCUGCCACGUUGGAGUUAAACCCCUCGCAUACUAUUGUCACGUCGAUUUUUCACCUCAAAAGUACCAACCAGGAGGUGGCCAAGCUGUUGGUCCAGCAGCUGUACGAUAAUGCCUGUAUCGCUGCGGGUAUUUUGGAAGACCCUCGCUCGCUGCUCACCAAAUUGAACGAACUGCUUCUGCUCACUGCUAGGUAUGCUUACCAUUAUGAGAAGAACGCCGAGGGGGUGCCAGGUGUCCAGGAGGACCAGUCCCCGAGUGACCCCAGCGCGGGCAGCAACGUAGACAGGGCCAUCCCCCCCACCGAGGCUAGCCCCGCCCAGGCAGACGAAGAGGAGAACUCCGCGAAGGAGGCCCAGGCGUCCAAGUUGUGA